UUUUACGUGCCUAGCAUGUCUUGUUGUUUUUUGUUUACAUUGAAUUUUGUUAUCUGUGUGAAUAUUGACUUUGUCGUGCUUGUUUUGUCGCAGUGAACAGCAUUGAUCUGAGUAAGCUAGCCGGGAAGAAAAGGAAGAGGCCGGCGAGCCGAAAUGUAGCCCCGGCUCCUACUCCAGUUCCCCGAGCUACCGAGGUGCCAAAGUCACCUGCUGCCAAGGCACCUGAUGCCCCGGGUGUCCCUGAAGAACCCCUACGGGGUGUUGAUGCUGUCCCCCUCCGUGUUCGCUUACCGGAGGGGAUCGAGGUGCCGGUGGGUGCCGAACCGGUCGGGAACAUCCCGUUCGUGAACCUGGACUCUACCGAGACGGUGGAUGGCCCAGCUCGGGGCCCAACCAAUCCCCAAGGGGCGACUACCGAGCCUGCCGGCCAAAGUUCCAGGGCUCCGCCGACCCGAGUGCCUGAUCUGCCGGACAUCUCGUCGGGGUCGAGCACUACAGCCCCGGGUCCUCAGACCAUCACUCGAGCCAGCUUUGCCGAGUGGGUCAGCAGGCACAACGAUGGUCGACCAGCUACCCUGCAUGACCUGGUCAUUGCGGGCGACGUUGCUCGUGUGACCACUCUUCCUGCUGACCGGGAGCACUACAAGUCCCACCAGCCUGAGAAUUUGUGGGCUGUGGUUUCCUCCUUUUGCCUCCAGGCCUCGCAGAUGGCCUACAUGGCCGAUCAAAACCAGAGCAAGGUGGAGAUCGACCUGACACUGGCCAAGGACCUUCUUCUGAUCGAGAAGAAAAAGGCCCGGGAAGCUGAGAGGCGGGCUUCCGAAGCAGAGAAGAAAGCUUCUGAGGGGGCUGCCCUCGUUGCCACCUUGGAAUCCCAGCUGAAGAGUUCGGAAGACCGCCGAGCUGAGGACCUGGGUGUGCUGGAGAAGCUGCGAGCCGAGGUGACUCAGCUCGAGAGCGAGAAGGCUGCGGCCCGAGAUGAUUUUGCGAAGCAGCUGGCCGAUAUGACCACCCGAAACGAGCUUGCUUCGAAAGGGCUUCGGACGACGGUGUCCGACCAGAAGAAGCAAAUUGCGGAGGUCACCCAGCGGGCUGAGAAGGCGGAGGCCGAGGUGAAGGAAGUCAUUGGCCGGGAAGAGAAAAUUUAUGACGACUUCCGCCGCAUUCUCUAUGUCAGCGAGGUCCAGGCGGGUGAGUAUAUCCGAGGUCGAUUCGGGGCCGAGCUGGAUGUUUCUGACUUCGUUCUUGACAUCGAGGAGCUGGGUCGGCGGGCCAAGGAGCUGCCUGAAGAUUAUGAUGUGCCUGCCGACAUCGAGGACUACCUUGCUGAUGAUCAGGGUCCGAGCUCCGACCCCCCUAGAUAGUUUUAACUUAGAUAGUUUUAUCUUGUAAAUCUUAA